AUGCCGCCUGCAGUACGGAUUCGUCCUUACAAGGACUUUUUGACUCCAGCCUUGCAUAGAAGAUUUGCAUUGGCAACGGCUGUAUUGGCAGCAGUAUGCUACAUCGAAGCGGUAUGGGUCGGGGAAUGGAAUUCAUUCCUUUGGUCAUGGUUUCCUCUGGGUAGGGCUGGCAUCAGAAGCGGUCUUUUCUUCAUAUGCGCAUUCAUGAUAUUCAUCCUUCGAGUAGCUCAAUUACAUGUCGGAAUGCGGACCUCAGUCUCGACCUUCCACACAUUUAUACAAUACGCGCCCAAAUUUCAGACCGUUCAGACAGCUCUUUGGUAUCUCUUUUCGGCAUGGUUUUUCAGCGAGAUAUACAUAUGGUCAGUUCCUGAGAGUGCAGGUCUCAAUCGCAUCAAGCUUGCAGCAAAAACCAGUCGACCAAUAUUGAACGAGAAACCUAUUUAUUUAACUAUGUUUCUUUUAUUUAAUGCUAUUGUACAAGCUGGAUUCCACCUUAUGUACGACUAUGAUCGCAUCGAUAUUCCACUUACGAAGACCGGACCAGAGGUUUCAUCCGAGCAAUCUUCACAUACAACUGUACUGCCAACGGUUCAAUUGAAAGCUAAGGCAAUGCCUCUAGCUAUAAGCUGUCUCAAGCGCGUUGCUAUCAUGGCUGUGGUAUCUCCCUUUAUCUAUUCUAUGAAUAUUACCCUUCCUGUCCCUGUCAUCUUACCGAUUUACACGUUCAAUAUCAGAGAGAGUGUAUGGGGAUUUACCCGUUCAUUUGCAAAGAUUUUCUGGAACCUACCAAAAGCCGCUACUCCCCCGAAUGAGUUGCCUUUCCACUGGACCAUGGUGCUUAGGACGAUUAUUUCCGGGCUCAUGCUUACCUUACUGUGGGAAUUUGGAAAUCUUGCGUUCUCGGUUUAUGUGGCGCAGGCGCCUUUGAAGCAUGACAGACCAAUUACCUACGAAUCUCGAGACCCAAAUGGGAGUUUGUUGACUGGAUUAAAGGGUAAGAAGUUGCAAACAAGAGCUUUCGCAUUUUGGGAACUUGUAGAAAUUGCACAGCGGUACCAGGGAAGACGGAAAGCCAUUUUCGAAGACAUUGACCGUGUGGGCGGUUCAGCUUGGUCUCAAAUCCUUGCAACAUGCCUCGAGACAAUUAAUGAGAUAAAUCAGCGUAUCGAAGAAUAUGAUCCAAAAAAACAACCACCGGUGAUCAGUUUGUAUGAGGAGCAGGAGACGCAGGACCCAGUAUCAUCACUUCCCCGUCUCUUGACUGAACCCCUAAAGAAAGAACCAAAGAGUGGUCUUGUGACAAAACCUCAACCAGCGGAAUCAAGAAGUAGGCGUUAUCUGGAAGCGGUUGGCUCAUUUGCAAAGAGUCAGGGGGAACUAUCACCACCUGAUAAGAUAUCCCGUAGCCGCCAGUUGAAGGACGACAAGAAAAAGGCAGCAAUUAAGUCCGCAGUAUCUACACAAUUUCAACAGCCGGAGGGAAUCCAGAAAAUCCUACGUGAGCAGGCGAUUGUGAUUCUCAGGCUACCAUUCGGAAAACCGUUCAGGCAGGAAUAUCGAAAAGAGAUUGCAAGCGUAGUGUUAGGAACCCCCUAUGGCGAUCUAGGUAUCAUCAUUGAUGCUAUCGACUCAAUAACUAGGUUUGCUGUGUGCAGUCUUGUUGAAGACAAAUACGGAAAGGUACAGAAGGACAUCAGGGAAAUCGUUGAGAUAUAUACCAAGACGAUUGUGGAAGUGCAGAAGUUUAGGACCGGAUUGGGCGCACAUUGGACAGAUGUAGAAGGAAGACAAGAGAGCCCCGAGGUAGAUUUGUUACUCGCUGUGUUGAAAAGCGGACUUAGAGAAAUAGUUCGGGCCUUUGGGGAUUAUAGUGCAGAGUUGAAAAUAAACCAAGCUGCCUUGAGGGCAGCGAGAGAAGCCAUGAAUAUGCCUCCUCCAAGACAGGAGGAUAUGGAGCAGAGGCGUCGUUGA